AACUAAACCUAAUUAUGUAGUGCAAAUUCAGUCCUCAUGACAAGCAUGUAGAAAUGCUCUUAUUAUAGCUCCACUGCACAUGAAAAUAAAGUAAUGACUAGUAGAAAGAAAGAAAUAAGGCUAUUAAUACAUUAAAACAUUAAAAAAAAAAGGAAGAAAGAAAGGCUGGCCUUUUUCCUCAUACAAUGACAUUUCUCUUCCCAUCUUCCUCAUUGUCUCCUCUGGUCCUGAUUCACACUACCUAAGAGCACAGACAACAUAACUCUAUACAGUACAACAAACCCAGAAAAAACACAAAGCAUUGAAGAGGAAAGAGUAAUGGGAUCUGAAGCAGAAGCAGAAGACAGUUCUACACCAAGAUUACCGCUAUUCCUGAAGCCACCAUACGUGCAAUCGCCACAGAGAUCGGGGAUGCUAACCCCGCCGCUCUACUCCUCAGCCGCGGUCCCCUUCCGGUGGGAGGAGGAGCCUGGCAAGCCAAGAGAAUGCUCUGGUGCUAUUACCACCCCAACCGACUUAAGCCCCAAGUGCCUAGAGUUGCCUCCAAGACUGUUGUUGGAGGCCAAUGUUAGUAAGCUGCCUUCGCCAACUACCGUCUUGGAUGGACCUUAUACGGGGAGGUCAUCAAGAUUUCAGUCAUCUUCUUUUAGAAUGAUAAGAAGGGAAUGUUACGGAUCUUUUCGUACUUGUAGUCCUGAAAGAGAUCAGUUUACUGCCUUGGUCCUUAGCAAGAGAGGGAUAAAAGAUAGAGGUUUUCUGGGGUCUUGGCGUUGGGGAAGGAGGGGUUUUAAGGGUAAAAGAGAGGUUGCUGGAGCUAGCUAUGUGUUUCCAUCGUCGUCUAUGGAUAGAGAGGUUGAAGAUGGUAAUGAAGAGGAAAAAGAAAUAAGUAGCAAGAAUGUUACGAUCACAAGGAUCAGAAGAUCAGGCAGCUUUUCCACUAGUUCCAGGUCUCAUUUCUGGGCAACUAUUUAUGAAGGCUUGAAGCAGGUAGUUCCAUGGAGGAGCAGAAAACUGAAGAAAGACGGGUUCUUCAUUUGACUUUUCUUUGAAGAAAAAAGGUGUAUCGCAUUAAAUUUCCCGGAACCGCUGUAGUCAUGUCCUGUGAUAUAUCUCUUUCAACGAGAAUGUCGUUUUCGUUGUGCCAUAGCUCAUCACUACUUGCCCUAUUGCUAUUCUACACCGUUGUUCUUCAAGGGCCUGUCUGGCAGUUGCUUGCUGCUCCUUCAAUUCUGAGUGCAUUUUAUGGGAACAAUUAUUGGGAUCUUUAUAGCCAUGUGGUUAGAUAUUAGAUAAUGCAGCAUUGAAUGUAUCACCGAGGCGUGAGGAGUUAAAGCACUAGUCAAGACUAAUAUGAUAUUGUUCAAUCCAAUAACUCACUUGUCUAGAAAGAAAGGAUGGCAAUUCUUAAUGUACUUGUUGAACAGUUGGCAUACAUUGCAUAUUACUUUUCAUGA